AUGAAGUAUCUCCUGUGCCUGUGUUUACUCCUUGCUGUUCUUUGUGCCGUAACCCAUUGCCGCCAUGAAGACAUCUGCCAUGAAGUCAAUAAUACUAAACUGCAUGAUGGAACAGAAAAUUUAUUAACACAUAACUGUGACAAGCAAGGCUCUAACUAUGCAGAUUUUGUAUUUAGAUUUUACAAGCAGGCUAUAUCAAAAGAAGCUGAUAAAAAUGUUUUCUUUUCUCCCAUGAGCAUCUCCACUGCCUUUGCCAUGCUGGCUGUUGGUGCGAAGUCAACCACCCUGUCUCAGAUUUUUGAAGGACUGGGCUUUGACGGUCUGACUGAGACUCACACACAUGAUAUACAUGAAAGCUUUCAUAAAGUUUUAGCAGUAUUGAACUGUACUGAUGUUAACAUCACAUUAAAUAUAGGGAAUGCCCUUUUUACAGCUAUUGGGUAUGAACCACAGGAGACAUUUUUACAAAAUACCAAACAAUUUUAUGAUGCAGAAUUUUUUUCUAGCGAUUUCCAUAAGCCAAAAGAAGCUAAGAAGCAAAUCAAUAAAUAUGUAGAGGAGAAAACCGAGGGCAAAAUUCCUGAAUUAAUUGGUCAUCUUGAUCCAAGUACUGUAUUGGUUCUUGUUAACUACAUUUAUUUUAAAGCUGCCUGGGAAAAGUCUUUUGAUCCUUUGAGUACAUACGAGGAUGUUUUUUUUGUGAACACAAAAGAAUCCGUUAGAGUCAACAUGAUGCAGCGUGAUGGUAACUAUGGCAGUUACUAUGACCAGGAUCUCUCUUGCGAGGUGGUAGAGCUGCCUUACCAGGGCACUGCACGAGCAUUGCUCAUUCUGCCUGACGAUGGAAAGAUGAAGCAAGUGGAAGAUGCUCUCUCCAAGGAAACUGUUUGUAAAUGGGAUAACAAACUUGCAACCAGGAGAUUACAUCUGCAGUUACCAAAGAUUUCUAUUAGUGUGUCUUAUGACGUUAAAAAACUGUUCAAGGAAAUGGGAAUUACUGAAGUAUUCUCUAGUAAUGCUGAUCUGUCUGGAAUUAGUGGCAGCCGUGAUCUUCAGGUUUCACAAGCAAUUCACAAGGCCCUGCUGGAAGUUGAUGAGGCUGGAACUGAGGCUGCAGGAGCCACAGCUGUAAUCGUUAACAGAGUGUUCCGUCCUUCUGUUACCAUCAAAUUCAACAGGCCCUUCAUUAUAUUGAUUUCUGACAAAGCAACCGGCACCACACUUUUCAUGGGGAAAAUUGCCAAUCCUACUAAGAAGUAACUGCUGAGUUACUGGGCAUGUUGGUUGUUGGCAUGAGUUACAAUGGCUGUGGUGUUCACACAUGUGGGCUAGUUAGUGCUACUAACUACUCUCUGAUUAAGGCAUAUUCAGAAGUAGAUGAGGAAAUUCCUUAUCCAACAAAUAAGCUAAAAAUUGUAAAAAAACCCCAAGCAACUGACAGUUUUAAAAUGUAACA